AUGAAGACUGUUCUCUACAACCUCGACCUCCACUUCACUGUCGAACCAUCCAGUCUCAUCCGGGCUGCCCUCUUGACUCUCGUUGCCCUCCUCGUCGCCACCAUAUCCACCCUCACCAGCGAAGCCAUGGCCAGAAAAAAGAAGAGCGGUGCCGCCAGGAAGGGAAUCGACGGCCAGCUUGCUCUCCCCAGGCACGACAUGGAUCCCCGUCCCGAGACUUCACCAUACGCAAGCCCCACCUGCACAGUUCCUUUUGCAAGCCCCUUGACGCUGCCCAAGGACAUCCUCCUCAGAAGCCCCAGGCUCCACGCCGCCUAUGAGGAUAACCUUCCCGAGCUUCCAGGGAUCUCGGAUGACGUUGGCCACGUUCUUGUACAUUACCUCCACACCGGCACCUACGAGACCCUCAAGCCAAAGGCUGCCGACGACCUCCCACGCCAGAUUGCCGAGCUCAAGACCAGCAUCCAGGCCUACGCCGCCGCGAAACACUACGACCUCCCAGACCUCAUGAAGCUUGCCGAGGCCAAGAUUGAAAGGUAUGGCGAGGGCCUGCCCCUCCCUUCCCUGCUGGAGGUGGCCAGAGACGCCCACCCCAACCUCUGCGACAAUGACGAUUGGUUUUUGAAUUUUUUAAGGGCAAAGAUUCGUCCUCAUCUCAAGGACGCCAAGGCCCUCCGAGAAUCCGACCUGCUGGACCAAAUCAGCAACAUCCUUUCUCCCAACCGGGUGCUGCUCCGCACCGUCCUGGAAAUAUUCUGUGAGAGCUAUGUCCCCAAGCCGCAGCCUCCACCCCCAUCACAACAGGCUGCCCCACAACAGCCACAGAGCCAGCAGCAGCAGCAGCAGCCUAGCACCCCCGGCAGCUCGAGGGCGACAUCACCUCCCCCAGCACCGGGGACUCCCAUGUCCAACAUAGACCUCAGAUCCAGGACCAUCUCCAGGGAGGACUCAUUCCCGACGCCGUCCUCCAGGAAGAGCACCAAGACAGCCGUGCCCUGGCCCUCCCAGGACGAAACGAGUGGGACUGACGGUCAGCAUGAUUCGCCCAACGAGGCGUCUUCUGACCCCUUCCUGCCCGCCUUGCCCGUUCAGACUUCAGAACAGGUGCAGGUGGAAGAGCCACUGGCACAGUCGAAGCCCGUGUUUGAGCUGGACCCCAUCUCGGAGACGCCAAUUGUGGUCGAGCAUGAGGAGCCGGCCCGUGAGGCAUUCAGAGAGGUGGUCGAGGAAAUCAAGGUGAAGGCGCACGAACAAGUGCACACCGAAGACUUGGCCCAUCUCGCCCCGGUGCUUGAGGAGGAGAAGGAGAAGGAGAAGCAGGUCGAAAAGCUUGGCCCUGUUCCGACCCUCGCAAAGCAGCGCGAGCGCGCCGACUCAGGCAAGCACAUCGACAUGGACCCAGAGCCGGCGGGCGAGUUCAGAGCUCUCCCAGUUCUCCAGGAGGGUCCCACCUCGUCGGUCCCCAUUGUGAUCUCCGACAAAGUGCCUGCCCUUGAGCCCAAGAUCAAUCCUCGUGCGGCCUUGAGACAAGCCGAUUCGGGGUUUUGGUCCGAAAUCGAUACUGCCUCGGAGCACGAGCAGGCCGUCGUCGGCAAGGAGGCUCUUGCUCCUGCGGUUGUCGAGGUGGAGGUACCUCUGACCCCACCUCUGCAGGAGGUUCUGCCCGUGGCCGAGAUCAACGAGCUCGACAGUGCCCCCUCCAAGGCUGGGGAUGAUCAGGAGCGGGACCAAAACAAGCCUUCCGUUGCUGCGCCUAUCAAUGAUAACGCCAAGCUCGAUUCGCCCAAGGACGAGACCAAGGAGGAGGCCUCUGAACCGGCUAAAGAGGAGGCCGAGACUGCCUCCCAACCGGCCCUGUCAGCCUUGCUUCUUUCCCCCAAGCCCGCCAUUGCGCUUCCUAGCAAGCUCGAGCUUCCAGCUGAAAUCCUCGAGGCGGUUUCUGCCUCCGUCGCUGAAGACACCCAGGAACAAAAAGAGGAUGACAAGAAGGACAAGAUGGAGAAGUCAGUCUUCCCCGCCACCCAUCUCUCCCAAGAAGGGCCCUCGAUUUCCAAAGAGCCCGAAGUCGCUGAAGCUGCGCCCGCUCCAAAAGUGGAGGUCGAGAACACCGUCACCCAAGGGACCCAGGAGGACGCCGACAAAGUUCCCGACGUUGCUGACACCGUUGGGCCCGCUGAGUCCCAAACGGCUGAGCAGAAGCCGCAGCCGGAGUCGGAGCCCGCUGCGUCGACCGUUGAGCAGCCACAGCCCGUUCCAGUCGUCGUCCCGAAGGCCAGCAGAGCGAGGAGCCUCAGGAGCCUCAAGAACGGCGUCAUGGGCAGGGGUUCCUCUUCGUCCCUCCACCUCACACUCGCAAGGACGCGCUCCAAGUUUUCCAGCAGCAACAAGAACCUCCCCGUCUCCGUUUCAAUUCCAGCUGCCGAGUCUUCAUCGGCGUCUAAGCCAGAGGCUGAAGCCCCAGCAAUCAAAGGCAAAUCCCAAAGUCCGGCAGUAGUUUCGGGCAGCGGCGGCGGCUGGAAGAAAAAGCUCUUCCGCUACCCGGUUCUCUUUGGUCGUGGCAUGUGACUAUCCUCAACCCUCUCCGCACUUUUGUCACGCCCUUCUGCGCCCACACCACCUUUGCAGGCCACGCUCUCGAGGGUUGAGGUGCAGGUACGCAGCCAGGUCACGACCGGCACCACAAUCACUACCCCCACCGCAACCUCCUCCAACACUAGAGCCAUCUCCUUUGUCGAAUCCUCCCCUUUGCUCAUAGGCCUCGCCUUCCUCUUUGGCCCUUCUGGCUCCGACGACACCCACCCAGGCGACGAGAUCGACUGGACCUUCCUCACCUGCCUCACAUUCCAGAUCCUCUUUUUCUGGGCUUUCCUACAACACUACGUCACCCCGGCCUUGGUACUUCGCCUCCCCCGUGUUACCAGCCAGACCAAGACGCUGGUCAGGGGUUCACGGCGAUGGGCCUGGAUGAACAACUGGCAUGUUCUGGGCUAUCUAAAGUUCAAGAACAUCAAAGGGACGACGAAGUCGACCAUUUCCCGGCAAUCUAGACCAAGGCUUGGAGGCUCUGGACGCGCGCAAGGAUGGGGCAGAAUAUGAUUAUGAUGAAAGUGUAUGACAUUCUCCUUUGUUAUUACCCCUUUUCUUUUUUUCAUCUCGAUUUUCCCUUUGCUAUUUGUCAGAACGAUAAAUAUGCGGCACAGGCAUGCAUACAGAUUGAUAUGAAAUG